UUCUCCAUUUUUUUUCUCCCAAACGGACAUAAUACCCUGUAGGAACUGGGUUGUGUGAGUGCACAGGGAGACCACUAACCGGCACCGGCUUACAGGCAGAGGGGGAACUGCAGGGAACUGCCUACACACACACACACACACACACACAGACAAACUUUGAGAGGAAACCACAGCGUAAACACACCAAAAAACAAACUGGCAAGCAGACUCCACACAGUGGGAUAAAACCUCAAAGAGCAGGAUUCACUGAGAAGAGGAGAACCAGAGGAGAAGGAAAGGCAGAAAGGGGAAAGAGGCGAGAGGAGUUAAGGAGAAAGGGCCAUGGCAGGCACUCAGGUCCGGCUGCUGCUGGCCUGCCUGCUGCUGCUGCUGCUGGACACCGGCUCAGGGAACGCCCGCAGGCUCAGGAGGAGAGGACUCAGCCAGAAGGACUACGAGUAUCCCAGCCAGUCCCAGUCCACUCAGUAUCAGAAGAAUGACCGGUGUCCACCCCCGCCACAGAUGCUGCCCGAGCGGGCAUGUGAGGUACCGGGCUGCCGCUCAGACUCCGAGUGUGAGAGACACAAACGUUGUUGCUACAAUGGCUGCAUCUACGCCUGCCUGGAGUCAGUUCAGCCUCCACCUGUGCUGGAUUGGUUGGUGCAGCCAAAACCACGGUGGCUGGGUGGAAAUGGCUGGCUCUUAGAUGGACCAGAGGAGGUUUUACAGGCUGAGGCGUGCAGCACUACAGAGGAUGGGGAUGAGCCCUUGCACUGUCCUACUGGGUAUGAAUGCCACAUCAUCAACCCUGGAAACCCCUCUGCUGGAGUACCCAACCGCGGCCAGUGUAUCAAGCAGCGUGGAAACUCAGAUGGUCGUAGCCUGAGGCACAAGUACUUCAAAGAUUACAAGGAUUACUUAGGCAGUAACUCCAACAAUGCAGUGAGCUACGAAAAACAUCACAAGCAUUUAGGAUGAAAAGCAGGUGACCUUUACAGCUCUACAGACUCCUUCCAACAGAACUUGGACUUUAAUAGCCAGCUUAACCAUCAACAAUCCAACAAAUCCAGCCUUUCUCUUCUCUUCAAACUGGUUAA